GCAACGGACGAGACCCCCCGACGGCGGCCCCGGCACCCCGAGAAGCGCGCAGGCGGCGGCGCCGGCGGCCCCAACCCUGCUCUUCCUGCUGCUGAGGCCGGUGUGUUUCUCAAGUCUGGCUGGACGCUUCCCGCUCUCCCGGACCACGAUGGAACGCAACAGACGCCUUUCCUCUGCCGGAAAACCCUCCUGCGAUUCUCGCUAAGACCUUCCUAAUCCUCUCCUCUCGGGCCGCUCUCCUGGUGGUUAUAUCCUCCUCUUCUGCUGCUGCUCCUCCGGCGGACGCCCGGCUCGCCUCCCGCGCCUCUUUCCUCUUCCCUCCUCUUCGCCCGCUCCUCGCGCGAGGACGCUCCUUCCUCUCCCUUCCCCCAGCCCGCCCUCCCAGAAUCCGUCGCCCGCCACCCCACCGCCGCGUCCGCCAUGUUCCUCCCGCCCUCGAGGCUCGUCCUGCGGGUGCUGAAUCUCCGCACGGGCACGGCCGUCCUCUUCUGGCUCCUGGGCCUGGCGCUGCGCUCCUUGCCCCUCUCGGGGCAGAAGCCGGAGGACAAGUACCCGGUGGUGCCCACCAACUACGGCAAGCUGCGGGGGAUCAAGAAGGACCUCAACAACGAAAUCCUCGGCCCCGUGGUGCAGUACCUGGGCAUCCCCUACGCCACGCCGCCCGUGGGCGAGAGACGCUUCCAGCCCCCCGAGGCGCCCGCGUCCUGGUCCGAGGUGCGGAACGCCACCGCCUUCGCUCCCGUCUGCCCCCAGAACAUUCACGGCAUGCUGCCGGGCAUUAUGCUCCCGGUGUGGUUCACCGAAAACCUGGAGAUUGUGGCGGGAUACGUGCAGAACCAGAGCGAAGACUGCCUGUACCUCAACAUCUACGUCCCCAUGGAGGACGGUCCGCUCACGAAAAAGCGUGAGGAGGUGUCAACUAACAAUCCCUCUCCAGACGAAGAUAUCCGGGACAGCGGCAAGAAACCGGUCAUGCUGUUUAUCCACGGCGGAUCCUAUAUGGAGGGGACCGGGAACAUGUUCGACGGCAGCGUCCUGGCCGCUUACGGGAACGUCAUAGUCGUCACCAUGAAUUACCGGCUCGGCGUGCUGGGUUUCAUGAGCACCGGCGACCAGUCCGCCAAGGGAAACUAUGGGAUCCUCGACCAGAUCCAAGCCCUGAGGUGGCUGAACGAGAACAUCGGGCAUUUCGGUGGCGACCCGGAACGGAUCACCAUCUUCGGUUCGGGAGCUGGGGCCUCGUGCGUCAACCUCCUCAUCUUAUCUCACCACUCGGAAGGUCUGUUCCAGAAAGCCAUCGCACAGAGCGGCACAGCCAUCUCCAGCUGGUCGGUCAACUACCAGCCCCUCAAGUACACCCGCAUGCUGGCCUCCAAAGUGGGCUGCGACCACAUGGACACGAGCGACACGGUGGAGUGCCUGAGGCGCAAGGCCUACCGGGAGCUGGUAGACCAGGACAUCCAGCCGGCCCGCUACCACAUCGCUUUUGGGCCCGUGGUGGAUGGGGACGUGGUCCCGGACGACCCAGAGAUCCUGAUGCAGCAGGGCGAGUUCCUCAACUACGACAUCCUCAUCGGGGUCAACCAGGGCGAGGGCCUCAAAUUCGUGGAGGACUCCAUGGAGAGUGAGGAUGGCAUCUCGGCCAGCUACUUCGACUUCACCAUCUCCAACUUCGUGGACAACCUCUACGGCUAUCCUGAGGGCAAGGACAUCCUUCGCGAGACCAUCAAGUUCAUGUACACGGACUGGGCGGACCGGGACAACGGCGAGAUGCGCCGCAAGACCCUCCUGGCCCUCUUCACCGACCACCAGUGGGUGGCGCCGGCCGUGGCCACCGCCAAGCUUCACGCCGAAUACCAGUCGCCCGUCUACUUCUACACCUUCUACCACCACUGCCAGACGGACACCCGCCCCGAGUGGGCGGACGCAGCCCACGGGGACGAGAUCCCCUAUGUCUUCGGGGUGCCCAUGAUCGGCGCCACCGACCUCUUCCCCUGCAACUUCUCCAAGAACGACGUCAUGCUCAGCGCUGUCGUCAUGACCUACUGGACCAACUUCGCCAAGACGGGGGACCCCAACCAGCCGGUGCCGCAGGACACCAAGUUCAUCCACACGAAGCCCAACCGCUUUGAGGAGGUGGUGUGGACCAAGUUCAACACGAAGGACAAGCAGUACCUCCACAUCGGCCUGAAGCCCCGGGUGCGAGACAACUACCGCGCCAACAAGGUGGCCUUCUGGCUGGAGCUGGUCCCCCACCUUCACAACCUCCACGAGCCGCCCUACACCUCCACCACCACCCGCAUCCCACCUUACGUCACCCGCUGGCCCACCACCCGCGUGGGGCCCAGCACCACCCGCCGGCCCAUCCCCACUCUGCCGCCGGACGAGGACGACGUGGUCCGCCCCCAGCGCUACGUCCCCUUCCCGGGCGACUCGCGGGACUACUCCACCGAGCUGAGUGUCACGGUGGCCGUGGGGGCCUCGCUCCUCUUCCUCAACAUCCUGGCCUUCGCCGCCCUGUACUACAAGCGGGACAAGCGUCACGAACUGCGCAGCGGGCGUCGGCUCAGCCCCCAGCGCAACGCGGCCAACGACCUGGUGCAUGGCGGCCAGGAGGAGGAGAUUAUGUCGCUGCAGAUCAAGCACUCGGAGCACGACGCCCACGACUUGGAGCCGCUGCGGCCCCACGAGAUCCUGCGCCCCGCCUGCCCCCCCGACUACACCCUGGCGCUGCGGCGUGCCCCCGACGACGUGCCCCUGAUGACCCCCAACACCAUCACCAUGAUCCCCAGCACUAUCACGGGCAUGCAGGCCCUUCACCCUUUCAACACCUUCCCCACCGGACACAACAACACCUUGCCCCACCCUCACUCUACCACCCGCGUAUAGUUGCCCUCCCCUCCGUGCCCCUCGGCUGCCCCGGCCCGCCCCGCUCGAGCAAAGAGCGGGCCACCUUUCCUGCCACGUGGACGGGUCUUUUGUACAACGUUGCGGGGGGAGGGGGGUCUAGCAGACGGAGGGGUUGGGCGAUUCAGAGGUCUGCCCGUCUGUCCCUACGGCACAUGGCACGGACGGGCUGGCAACGGUUCUCCACCCUGCUUGGGUCCCGACACCCUUUGGCGACACCCGUGGCAUGGCAUGGCAGCAGAGGAGGGCAGCACCAGCAAUCUCACUUCCUUUUGGGGUGCUGGGGGUUCUUUCCGGCACGAGGCAAAGAAGCGGGUCGCCUUCCCACCCUUGUUUUCCGGACGGGCGGCGGAACAGCGGCCGUGGUUUUCGCCGGCGCUCCCGGGAGGAAGAUUGGUCUGCCGUUCCUCGUCCAUCUGGGUCCAGGCGGCAAAGGCAUCCUUUGUCCUUCCGGGUGGAGAUAAGGGAAGUCUGACUCGUAGGGAAAGAGAGUCCCCGCCGUGGCUGUGAUUGACAAAAAAAGGCAGUCCCUCUGCCCCCAGGGGGGUCAGUGACGCCACUCAAAGCUGUCGGCUCGGCUUGGAUGGACGAAUGGACAGUG